AUGCAGCAGCAAACCGUCGACCAUCGAGCAAGCCUUGAUCGGCGUCUCGUCAAAUCAUCCGUCUGCUCGUCCUUUGAUCAGAUCAUCGCCAUCGCGACCAUCCCGACCAUUGCCGCCAUUUUGUCUGCCAUGGGAGACAAGGACAUCUCCAAGGAAAUCAAGCAUCACUGGUCGGCCUGUACCGAGUGCCAGCGUCGCAAGCAAAAGUGCAAUCGAGAAUGGCCGUGCAAUCACUGCCAGAAACGCAAAGUCGCCGACAAGUGCCGCUUUGCCCAGAGUCAGCACGGUCAGGACAAAGCUACAAGCCAUGAUUCCACUCGAAAACGGCAACUCAGCCACGAGGACGCCGAGUCGUUGGACUCGAAUCCCUGGGAGGACGCAGACAAUGGUUUCGAGGCCUUGGGAUACAGCGCCUCACAUCUUUUUGCCGGCCUCGCCUCGAGCUCAACCAGAAAGCCCAGGCUUGUCCCAAAGACAUAUAGGCAGUACUACAUGGACCCUUCAUCAUGUCCGCAACUCAACAACGCCCUGCUCCUCCUCCCUCCCAGACCCUACACGGAUGCCCUCGUCCAAAACUUCCUCACCCAUGUAAACCUUCAUUUCUACAUCAUCUAUCCGCCUUCGUUCCUGGAAGAUUACAGGGCCUGGUGGUCGCUACGCUCGGAAAACCGCCCACUCGGUAUGCAGUGGACUUGUCUGCUGCUCAUGGUUUGCGCCUGCUCCGCCCAGCACGCCGACGCUCAACUUGAAAGGAAACUCGAGGUUGACCUUGGCCAGAGCACUCAGAAGCUCGCUGAGAAGUACCACAACGCCGGCCGUGAGCUUCAUGGCGCUAUUCCUGUCGGGAACAACCAUCUGUUGAAUGUCCAGUCUCUAUUGCAUUCGUGCUACUGGUACAGAUCAGAGGCACGUUUUGUCGAAUGCUGGCAUGUUCUCAGCGCCCUCAUCCGCGAGGCUCAGGAACUCGGUAUUCAUAAGGAAACCGUCAGCGGUCACAUGUCGGAGUUUGACCGUGAGAUGCGUAGAAGGAUCUGGUGUAUACUGAACACCUGGGACUGGCAAACAUCCGCUCUCCUAUCGAGACCGGUGCUAAUAGAUCGGACGGACAUUGAUGUCGGCCUGCCUAGUCUCACACUAGAAGGGUACACACCAUCCCCUUUGCAACACAUGAAACUCCAGUCACAGUUGAUCACACAAUUAUUCAAUCGUUUUGGCCUACCCAAGGAUGUUGUUCGGCAUGGCGAAGUCCGAGAAUACCAAGCUACUGUUAAAAGAUGGAUCGACGGCUUUCCAUCGACCUACGCUUUCAUCGAUCCCGACACAAGCAGUGACACGUCGCGGCCGUGGAUUGUUCUGCAUCGGCAUUACCUUCACAUGAUGGCCCUGUCCAUGAUGCUUGACCCUAUUCGACCCUACCUGGCCAAACCCAUGACAAAACAAUCUCUAUCCGACGAACUGAGCAUUCGUGACGACGGCAUUGACUACUCACUACGGUUAUUGGACGGUUUGCACGGCUUCUUUGACUACAUUUGUCCUCGAGACACCAAGUUCCACUUUGUGCUUUUCUGCAUAUUUGACACAGCUGCUGUUCUGUGCUCUGCUCUUAUGCAUGACCAAGAUUCCAGCCUCCCAAGACGGAGAGAUAUGCUGAGUGCUGUUGACAAGGCUUUGUCAAUGCUCAAACGGCUCAAGACGGCGACCAAAACUGCGAGAACAUCAUACGAAGUAUUGGCCAAGAUUGCUCAAAACAUUGCCCAACCGCCAGAACAAAGAGCCAAGUCACCCGGCGAGUCUGCAAAAAAGCGCCCGAAAGGCAAGGAACUCGCACUGACGCCCCCCUGUAUGAGCCAGGCAGAGGUCGCGUUCGCGAGCAACCCUAGUCCUGCCGAUUCUCAACUCUCUUACACAACUCCGCCUGGUGAUGCACAAUUUUAUCGCGUUCCGGUAUCGCAGCCUACACCCCCUGGCUAUUAUUUUAAAAAUGACGGAUCGGCUGGUUAUGACCCCUCCGUUUCUUCCACGGCGUCCGGCAACAUACAGUCCGCGUCGAAUUCUCUGUACUUCAAUGAUGCACACCUGAGCUAUCCAGCACCAUACGUCAACGUGACACCUCCCAUGGACGAGGUUUACCCUGCCCUAGCAUAUGGAAAUUUUGGCGCCAUCACUGAACAAGAUUUGGGCGACUUGGCGACGCUGUGGAAUUAUGGCAGUUUGAACCUCAACUUUAUCAAUCCUGGGGAGGCGAGCUAG